AUGGGCUUAGGUAGCAAGAAAACGUCGGCCAACGUGUCGCCGGACAUCAAAGGCCAAACGCAGAGCGAAACACCCAUCCCCUCCACCCCCACCUCGACCUCGACCUCCCGCACUUCCUCACCCAUGCCGAACGAAAAGGUCGUCGACGGCAAGACCCCAGACGACAGCAGCAAACUCCGCACAUUCCUCUCCAUCCUCAAGCGCUUCAUCGGCGUCACCGACAUCGCCGCCGUGCGAUUCAGUCUACCCGCACAGCUACUCGAACCCAUACCCAACCUGGAAUACUGGCACUACCUCGAACGACCCGAGACCUUCGUAGCCAUCGGCGACAGCGAAGAUGCCCUAGGCCGGAUGCUCGGCUGCGUCCGCUUCUGGUUCUCCAAAGACCUGAAAUACGUGCACGGCAAGCCCUGCAAACCCUACAACAGCACCCUCGGCGAAUUCUUCCGCUGUCAAUGGCAAAUCGAAGACACAGCCCCCUCAAUACUCGGCCAAGAGCAUAAAGUCAGCGCUCUCCAAACCGAAACUGCACAACUCGGUGCAUCGACAGCCGGUAAACCAGUCAAAGUCAACUUCCUCACAGAACAAACCUCGCACCACCCACCCGUCUCAGCCUACUUCAUCGACUGCCCGGAAAAAGGCAUCUCGGCACGAGGCUACGACCAACUCAGCGCGAAAUUCACCGGAACCAGCAUCAAAGUCACACCCGGCGAACACAACCAAGGCAUCUACGUCUCCCUCUCCCAACGCGGAGAAGAAUACAAACUCACCCACCCUGCCGCCUUCCUUAGCGGCUUCAUCCGCGGCAACCUCAACGUUACGGUGGCAGACGCCUGCUUCUUCUCGUGCGAGCAGACAGGGAUAAAAGUGAUAAUUCACUAUCUGGAGGAAGGGUAUUUUGGCAAGACGCAGAAUCGAAUCGAGGGCGUGGUGUAUAAAUGUGCGGGUCCGGCGGCGGAUAGGCUUACGAGGAUAAAGGAUGUGUCGGAUAAGGAUAUCUUGGGCAGGAUCGACGGGAUGUGGACGGAUAAAGUGUGGUUCUCCCCAGGCGCUACGGAUUUCAAGAAGACCAGCGAAAAAGACCGCAUCCUCCUCAUCGACGUCAACCCGCUACGUCCGGUGCCCAAAAUAUGUCCGCCGACAAAUGAACAACUGCCCAACGAAAGUCGGCUUUUCUGGAACGAGGUCACGGAAGCUAUCACCGCGAAGCAAUUCUCUGUCGCGACCGCCAAGAAGACGGAGAUUGAGGAGCGGCAGAGGGAGAAGGCGGCGCAGAGGAAGCAGGCGCAGACGGAGUGGAGACCGAGGUAUUUCACCAAGGCUACGGAGCCGAGUGGACGGCCGGAGUUGACGGAGGAUGGGAGGAGGGCGGUGCUGGGGAUGGAGCAGGGGAGUUGGCAUUUGGAGCCGCAGGCCGAGUAUGGGGCUAUGUAG